GAUAGCAACGGUUAUCACAAACCCAACGAGAGGAGGGCAAAAGACCGUAUUCGAUAAGGCACACAUAUUAUUCAUUUGCUUGAAGAAGCCUUUCUAUCUCGAUAAUACAUCAAAACAAACAACAAAAUGGUAGGUUGACACUAGACAAAAAUACAAUCAGACCUCUGAUAGAAAUGGACUGAUGAUUUGGAAUGAUCUCUCGGGUUUCAAGCAGUUUGAUCUAACGGCGACCGACUGACGGAUUCGGCGUCUGUUCAAAUGUUUGUCACGGCAACAACCAAUGGCGUUCGAAACGAUAAUAUGAAAUUAUACACGAUAACGUUCAACCGAGGUACAGAAUCUGCCAAAAAGUAGUCCUCAAUCAUAGGAUUAGUCGAUGCUACGCAAUGUGACAUAACAUAAAAUUGGAGGAAGCCAUAAAUAGAAUUCAGUGGUCACGUUCGCUACUUGUGUUUCCCCUCUUUUACUCACUCUCGUGUCCUCGAAUUCCACCUAUUAUGUGUUCAUUAUUCAUCAAAUUGAUCAAAUUGACUCUGAAUUAUCAGUCAAGUGGUGUCCAAGUCGACGACGAAAUUCCUAAAUUGUUCGAGGAGUUCAAGAUCCAAAAAAAAUUACGGUUCUACACUUACAAAAUCGAGGAUAAGAAAAUUAUCAAAAUCGAUGUGGUCGGCCCGAAGGAAUCAACCUAUGACGACUUUUGCAGUGCCUUUCCAGAAAACGAGCCUAGAUACGGUGUGAUCGAUCUUGAGUUUGAGACAAAGGACGGACGCCCUACCUCGAAGCUCAUUUUCAUUUCGUGGAACCCUGAUAGCGGAAAAAUUAGAGACAAAAUGAUUUACUCCUCCUCUAAGGAGUCUAUCAAAGCUGCUCUGAACGGAGUUGGUAUUUUUAUCAACGCAACAGAUUCCGCUGAGCUUGAUCUAGAAGAAUCAAUCCUUCCUGUUGUGAAGAAGUUCGCUUGAGGGAUCAAUCGAUCGAUCGGACUCUCCGACGAUAAUUUUACUCAGGAAAAUCACUUACUGCUUGUUUCGAUGCAGCUCUUUGAACCAUUAGGGACAACUUGCGGACGAAAUCAAUAAUGUUCGUGAUU